AUGUACUUUUGUCCCAGCUUGUCUCAGAAUUCCCGGAAAUCUGUCGUUCGUGGGAGAAAUUCUGUUGCGAUAAAUAUUUUUUGUUCUGGUUUACGUUUCGAUGUGGUCAGAACUGCUUGGCAACACUUUCAUGGUUUCACUCCUCCUGGAGCAUCUUCAUGUCCUGAAUCCGCAAAAGAAUCAGGGCAGGGACAUUCUUUUCGAGAAAUUGGUGUAGAGGUCAUGUCACCUCACUUAAAAGGUCGACUUAUUCGACAAGCACACGAGGUCGGGAAUCCACCGGAAAAAACGGAUGAACAUCAAACUAAUUGUCAGUUGACAUCGAAAUACCAUCUUUUGCUCGAGAGAAAUAGGCAACCACGUUUUUCUCUUUUUAUUCCAACGAAGAAGACUGAGCGGUAUUGUCAGAUCGAACCUUCAUUAGUCUGA